UUUCAGUGACUACCUUCUAUGAUAUAUAUUUAUUUUAGUUAUAUUUAUAUACUGUUUUGAGUGCUAAUUGCGUUUUGCUCAGUAUGUAUUUUGUUUAAUUGACAACAUUAUCCUUCUCUUUUACUUGUGGUUUCAUAUAUAUCAAUCGCAAUGGCAUCUGGAAAGGAUGUUCUUCAUAUUGCCGUAAAGAUUCUUGCGGAUAAUGGCUACUACAAGACAUUGAAGCGUUUACGUAAGGAGUCUGGUGACGAAUUGUUACGCCCGGAGAACGUGCCAUUAGGUGUUCAGCAAUUUAAUUUGAAUGCGUUAUGUGCUGGUUUGAUCACACCCAUUGAAUUGGCCCCUUCUAAACAGCCUAUUGUCGAUGUUGUUUCUGAUGUAGAGGACAGUUCAGUCGUUGAUAAACCUUCUUUGCCACCAUCUAGUGCAAAAGACAAGAGGUUGUGCAAAGCAUCAGAUGAUUCCAAUACUGACUUGGACGCUCCUUCUACAGGUCGUUUUAAGCGUAUUCAGGAUGACGUGUGGUUAAAUCGCAUAGAGAAGGAGGAGUUAAAGCAGAAUUCGUACACUAUGAAGAAUGACGAGUUUUCGUUGAAGGCUGCUCAGGACCUUAUUCAGGUGAAGGGUAAAAACUUCCGUACCGAGAAGAUGAAGAAGAAGCGUGCUUCUUGGAAGGGUUCAGGUGAAAUCACAUCUCAAGUGAAUUCAAUAAAGUUUGACGACUCUGACAGUGACUAGUUUUAACUGUUACUUUAUGUGCCAUGUUUUGUGGCGUUUC